UGUAUUGUUUACUAUUACUUGAGGACCAUGCAGAGGUUUCUCAAAGUCUUUUCUUCAUCGCUAAAAUGUCCUGUGAUCGGAAUGAUUCAUAUUCCUGCUCUUCCUGGAACUCCUCGGUAUAGCGGUAAUUUUGAGGAGUCUAUCAAAAUUGUGCGGAAAGAAGCAGAAAUCUACCGGAAUACAUCUAUUGAUGCCGUUAUGAUAGAGAACAUGCACGAUAUCCCUUACGUUAGAGAACAAGAUCUUGGUCCAGAAACCACAGCCACAAUGACAAGAGUCGCUCUGGAGGUUAGACAAAUCCUUCAAAACAUUCCUCUGGGCGUGCAAAUUCUCGCAUGUGGUAAUCAACAAGCUUUGGCUGUGGCUAAAGCCUCAGGAUGUCAAUUUAUUCGGGCUGAAGGUUUUGUCUUCAGCCAUGUGGCUGAUGAGGGAAUAGUCGAUGCUUGUGCUGGGAAUUUAUUAAGAUACCGAAGGCAGAUAAAUGCAGAAGAAGUGGCUAUUCUCACGGACGUGAAGAAAAAGCAUAGUUCUCAUGCAAUAACAGAGGAUCUGAAUCUCCUGGAGACUGCUAAAGCUGCAGAAUUUUUCCUCUCAGACGGAAUUAUUGUAACUGGAACCUCAACGGGGGAUCCUGUAAAUCCUCAAGAUCUCCAGAGUCUCACAGGAAAAUUAAAUAUUCCCGUGUUAAUUGGUUCUGGGGCAACAAUUGACAAUAUUCAGGAAUAUUUUUCAAAAUGUCAGGGAAUAAUUGUGGGAUCACAUUUCAAAAAAUCCGGUCAUUGGGAUGGAGAAAUGUGUCCGGAAAAAAUUGAUGCAUUCAUGAAGAAAAUUCAGGAAUUAAGAAAUUUAGCUUUUAAUAAAUAGACAAUAAUUUACUACAAAAUCGUUUACAAUUAACAAGCGAAAGUUUAUGAAUGUUAAACUAUAACGACCAAUGGGAUCGUUUUUGACUUCAAAUGGCCAUUUUACUAAAGAACUGGUAGAAUAAUAAUUUUAUAUAAUACCUUCUAACUAAAUUCAUGCCCUUGAGGUUAUUAGAUUAUUUCUUCUCUCAACUCUUUCGCGUCAUUAGGGUCAUAUAUGACCCAAGGAAAAAACAUUUUUUUUUGACUAUUUACAUUAAUUGAAAUCUAUCGGUUUGUGCACGACAUCAUAAUAGAAGGAUGUAAGAUUCUUGACAAAUUUUCUCGAGACUCCAGAUAUUCAGGAAAAGAAAAUAUUUGAGAAUAAAAAUCACGAAUUUCGAACUUUCUGAAAUGACUUUUCUUUUUCAAAAUUUUUUAUAUUAAUUUAUUUUUUUCAGCAAAAAGUUCUUUAGAAACACAAAAUAGAAUAUCCAAAGAUUGUAUAUUGCAUAUUUUGAUAUAAUAAACUACUCUCAAUUUUCCAGAAAA